AUGACGGACAGGGAGGAGGAGGAGGAGGAGGAGCGGGGCUGCGCAGCUUCUUCACCCGAAGUCAAACCUGAAACCACGUCCCGAUCUUUCCGGUCUGCGGACACCAGCAUGAUGCUCCGUCCCGACCCGCCCGUGUCCGACCCGCCUUGGGGACUGACGGACGCGGAGACCCUCUUGGACGCUCUGAACGUGCAGUGCGGGUCCGUGCCGGCCGAACCCGGAGAGGGCGGAGAGGGCAAGGCGCACGUGCCCGUGCUCAGCAGGGAGGAGAAGAGGCGGAGGAGGCGCGCGACAGCUAAAUAUCGAUCCGCGCACGCCACCAGGGAGCGGGUGCGUGUGGUGGCCUUCAACGUGGCCUUUGCAGAGCUGAGAAAACUGCUCCCAACGCUGCCGCCAGACAAGAAGCUGUCCAAGAUUGAGAUCCUGCGGCUCGCGAUUUGUUACAUCUCCUACCUCAACCACGUGCUGGAUGUCUAG